AUGGGUUCGAAUGACACGCUGCUAGUCGCGCGCAAAAACUUAUUCGACUUUGGCGUCUUGGCGCAGCAACUGCUAUCCCCGUGGAAUCAUUCUCAGUCCCCAGCCGACAAUCACACGGAGCCCGAGUUGGAAGACAACCUGGACGUGAACACGGACAUCUAUUCUAAGGUGCUUGUCACCGUGAUAUAUAUCGCGCUGUUUGUGGUCGGCUGUUUGGGCAACUGCGUCACGCUGUACACUUUAUUGAGAAAGAAAUCUCUCCAGAACCUACAGAGCACUGUUCACUACCAUCUGGUCAGCCUGGCGGUGUCCGACCUGCUCAUCCUCGUGCUCUGCAUGCCCAUCGAACUCUACAACUUCAUCUGGGUCCACCACCCCUGGGCGUUCGGAGGAGCCGUGUGUAAAGGGUACUACUUCCUCAGGGAUGGCUGCUCCUACGCCACGGCGUUUAACAUCGCCAGCCUCAGCGUGGAGCGAUACAUGGCAAUUUGUCACCCGUUCAAAGCGAAGAGCAUCAUGUCCCGCAGCCGCACUAAGAAGUUGAUUAGCGCCAUAUGGGUAGCGUCGUUCCUCCUCGCUACGCCGAUGCUGAUGACCAUGGGACUCCAGCACGUGGGAGAGGAGAAGAUCUGCACCACGACUGCGACCAUUGUGACCGCCAAGACAGUGCUUCAGGUGAAUGCCCUCCUGUCCUUUGCUGUGCCCAUGGCGCUGGUCACAGCACUGAACAGCAUUAUCAGCAGGCAGCUGCUACGUAUGUUCCUACAGGCUGCGCAGGACUGCCGAAUCUGCGUUGUGGGGGGGGACCCUGCGGAGAUGAGUGUUGCCAUGGAGACAAACCGCGUGAGGUCACUGCGUCACGGGGUCAAAGUCCUGCGUGCUGUGGUCCUUGCCUUUGUGGUGUGCUGGUUGCCCUAUCACGCCCGCCGGCUUAUGUACUGUUAUGUGACAGAGUGGACAGACAGCCUGUAUGACUUCUACCACUACUUUUACAUGGUGACCAACGUGCUGUUCUACGUCAGCUCUGCCAUCAACCCCGUCCUCUACAACCUGGUCUCCGCCAACUACCGCCAGAUCUUCUUCUCGACACUCCACUGUUUCUGCCUGCCAUGUUGCAGAACAAGUGCCGAACACAAGCGGCGGCAGCAGCAGCAGUGCCACCCCAUGGCCGGGCCCUGCAACAGCACCAACAGCCACACCCUCUCCACCAACAUUGUCAGGGAGACGGUCUAUUGACUGGUGUCUUGAUGCAUGGCUACAC